AUGGAUAUGAGCUUUCCCCAGAUGGAGUUAAGCGAAAUUCCCAUAAUCAAUGAUACAAAAUCACAUACAAGUUUUCCAGAUGAAUUCAUGAUUGAUGAAGAUGAGGAAAAUUUAAAUAUAAUAGAGGAAAGCGAAGGGAGUCUGAUCGAUGAAGAGGAAGAAGAAGAGGAUGAUGUGUUUUACACUCCAGGUAUUCAAGAACUCUAUGAUACCAGAACUGAAAUCUUAAACCAAUCCCUUGUAAAAGCUUCCCAAAGAGUAGAUAGUUUGAGGCAGAAAGCAAAAGAUUCAGAUUUCAUCAAAAUUUUAAAGCAUAGACGUUCUACUAACUCCAAAUUGGCCACUUACGAGUUGUAUGGGUCACAAUUGAUACCAGGAAAUACAAGGGCAAUAUCUAUAGUAAGAUUUUCCAAAACCAGCGACUUAAUUGCUUGUGGGUCAUGGGAUGGUUCUAUUAGUAUUUUAAACUCUUUAGAUUUAUCUACCAGGGGCCAAGUUGUACUGGGACUGCAUCUAGAGAAAGUGGGUGGAUUAGAUUGGAGUUUUACAUCUAAUGAAAAUUAUCUUAUUUCAGGAGCUAACGAGGGUACGAUAAACUUGUGGAAUAUAACCGAUACUCAAGACAAGAUAAAACCAAAAGCUACCAUCAAAGAUGCCCAUUCUGCUAGAAUAACGAAAACUUUGUUUCAUCCAAUUAUAUCAAAAUAUGCUAUAUCCACAUCCUUCGACCAAACUUGGAAAUUAUGGGAUCUUGAAAUGUGCAAGUGUUUACUAGAACAAGAGGGUCAUUCAAAAGAAGUAUUCUGUGGAAGUAUGCAUCCAGAUGGCAGUUUAUUUGCAUCAGGAGGUCUUGACGGGAUAUGUCAUAUUUGGGAUUUACGUUCUGGCCGUCUGAUAGUCAGGCUACAAAAACAUAUGCAAGGAAUAUAUAGUACAGAUUGGUCACCAAAUGGGUAUCAUUUGGCGACAGCAAGUGGGGAUUGCUCAGUGAAAAUAUGGGAUCUUCGUAAACUAGAUAGACGAGAUGAUGAAAUAUUCACAAUACCAUCCCAUAAAAAGAUUGUUAGUGAAGUACGAUUCUUUAACAAACGAAACGAAAUACUAGCUAAUGAGUCUGAGUCAAUUUCCAAUGGUACAUUCUUGGUAACUUCUUCAUACGAUGGAAAUGUUAAUAUUUGGUCAUCAGACAACUGGAUUAAAGUGAGAACUCUCCAAGGACAUACCGAAAAAGUCAUGAGUUGUGAUAUUAAUGGGGACGGUUCUCAAAUAAUAAGUAGUGGAUGGGAUCGGUCAAUCAAGAUGUGGCAGAGCUACCAACUGUAAUAUAACCUGUAAAAAUAAAGAUUUUGAU